AUUCAAUUUACGCGUCUUCUCAACCGAAAUUCUGGUGUCGAAUUGAACAAGAGCAUUAAAACUAUAGCGCACAAGCUACAGAAUUCCACCGAAGACUACCUAUCUCUAUUAACAGGAAGAAUUUCUAUCAUAGAGAGGGAGCAAUAUCUUUAAGAGAAGUCUAUAUUACAUUGAAGAAAGUUACUAUACCUUAGAAAGCUUUUCCUUGCCGAAAUUCAAAAUAAAAAGCAAAUACGAGAUCGUCCUCGACGCCUAGAAAGUCAACAUGUCGGACUUCGAAGAUGAGAUGGACAUCGAUGCCCCUCCAAAAUCUAAUGACAUCACAUUUUCUUCUGACAAUACGGCCAAGGGCAAGCGUAGUGCUGCCAACCUACCCGUUGAAGCUGAAGAUUCUUUACCAUGGGUUGAAAAGUACCGACCUGUUUCUUUAUCCGACGUUUCUGGCCACAAAGAUAUCCUAGCGACGAUUAACAAGUUUGUCGAUUCGAACCGCUUACCCCAUCUCCUCCUCUACGGCCCUCCGGGAACAGGCAAAACAUCUACCAUUCUAGCCCUUGCGAGACGUAUAUAUGGGGCGGAGAACACACGGCAGAUGGUUCUAGAGCUGAAUGCCUCCGAUGACAGAGGUAUUGAUGUUGUUCGUGAGCAGAUCAAGACCUUUGCCUCAACGAAGCAGAUCUUUACUAUGGGCGGUGCAUCACGCCCCGGCGGCAUGGCGAGCUAUAAGCUUAUCAUUCUGGACGAAGCCGAUGCGAUGACAAACACCGCCCAGAUGGCUUUACGACGAAUCAUGGAGAAGUACACGGCAAAUACGCGAUUCUGUAUCAUUGCGAACUAUACCCACAAACUAUCGCCCGCGUUGCUGUCUCGAUGUACGCGUUUUCGAUUUAGUCCUCUAAAAGAAGACGAUAUUCGCGUCUUGGUGGAUAAAGUCAUUCUAGAGGAGGGUGUUAAAAUCACAGCCGAGGCAACAGACUCUCUGGUUAAGUUGAGCAAAGGCGAUAUGCGACGAGCACUAAAUGUGCUUCAGGCUUGUCACGCAUCCAGCACGCCGAUACAACCUAAAGAUGGACCCAAGGUACCCGAGAAAGAUAUCGUCAGGGACACCGUCACAACUGAAACCAUCUACAAUUGUAUAGCGGCCCCGCCUCCCGAUGCGAUUACAAAGAUUGCAAGUACGCUGCUUGCGACUAGCGACGUAACUACUUGCCUCUCGACAAUUAAUACGCUCAAGGUGGCUAAUGGCCUCGCGUUGGCGGACAUAAUCACAGCACUAUCGGAGCAACUGGUUCAGAUGGAGGUGAAGCCCGAAGUUAUGAUUAGGUGGCUCGAUGGUCUAGCGGAAAUAGAGUAUAGAGUUUCGGUCGGAGGAAGCGAGACUAUCCAAACAGGUGCCGUGGUCGGUGUAGUGAGAGAGGGUUGUGAGCUUAUGGGAUGAGAAACUAAAUAAAGUGAAGUCAAUUAUAAAAAAGAUCUUGAGGGUUGACGGCCUAGUUGUAUGAGGGCUAAUGGAACCAAUUAGACAAGACGCAUGCUAGCAACUAAUAGAUCUAGACUCAUGUGCGUACACUGUUAAUAGGAAACAGUAUAGUCUCACUAUAGAAGAUAGACUUUAUACCUAGUAUGAGUUGCAAGUACCUACCUAGGUACCUCUCGGAUACAAACUGUUAUACAUCGUUU